AGACUUCAUUGAACUUAUGAAGGCGUUUGGACUUCUCUUUGAAAAGAUCAAGAAAGCAGCAUCAGAAGAUGACCCUCGAGUAUUUGUCGUUCCAUCUCGAAUGAAGACCAAAGAUGAUGAUAGAUUAGAAGUUAAGGAAGAUGAGAAGCAGACAGUAUCCAUCUAUGUGACUCCUAAAGACUUUCUUCCCGACGCGGUCUACGAUAUCUUGGUCGUCAGAUUUGUGAGUUUGAGUCAGGAUAAACUUCAGUGUGAAGACCCAAAGUUGUCUCGGAAUCAGGCUGAAAUAGGAUUCGAUCAUAAGCAUUACCUGAAAUUAGGUCGGAUAUCCAUUGACAACAAACAGUCUUUGAAGCUUGAAAUAUCACGAAAUAGAGAGAAAGAGGCGCACGGUGCAUACAAGCCAGCAUGUAAACCGGAUCCUGACAUAUGUACAGAGGUAAUUUACAUAAUUGACUGGUUGUUUUUAAGUAACCAU